UUAUCGUGUAAUCCAAGUGGACAAUAAUAACGUGAAUAGUAUAAAUAGUACGUUUAUUGUUCCACAGCAGUUCCUUUUUUCCGUUUUCCAAGGAAGUGGUUCGCUUUGAAAUUGAUAGCAUUGGUAACCAGCUAACCACGAUCGAAUGAUAUAUAGUUAACGAAAUAUCCGUUGUCCGUGCGAUUCUAUAUAAUAUUUAGAAUGACGUUCGCGAGGAGCGCUGUUGCUAAAAUAAAGUGGUGAUAAAUAUGCGACAAACGUGAACACGUUAAAUGAAAUUUAAAGGUUUUCGGGCUCGGUGGAGAAUUCAGAAUGACCGCCGCGAUGCUCGUCAUGGGAGGAUCUUGGGUUACGUUGACUUUGUCGAUGUGCCUGAUGGCGAUCGUUCUGGUGAUGAUCGUGCGACGAGGGAGGUUUUUGUACAAGUUGAGAGAUGUGCCUUAUCCUCCUGCGCUUCCUAUCAUCGGGAAUGCUCAUCAGUUGUUCUGCAGUCCGGAAGAGUCCUUCAAGAAAUUAGUCCAAUGGGGGAGAGAGUUUGGUGAUAUGUAUCUAGUUUGGGUAGGCAUGCGUCCGUUUAUCUUCCUCUACAAGGCAGAAGCGAUACAGCCAUUGUUAAACAGUAGCGUUCACAUCGACAAAAGCUUAGAAUACGAGUAUUUACAACCUUGGCUAGGAUCUGGCUUGGUGACUAGUGCUGGUGAAAAAUGGCACUUUCGUCGGAAAUUACUGACACCGACGUUUCACAGCGGACUUUUGGAGACGUACUUCAAGACGACGAUGAGAGAAGCCAAAAUAUUAGUAUCUUGUCUUAGAAAUGAAUUAGGCAAACCUGCAUUUGAUAUUGUUCCAUACGCGAAACGAGCAACACUGGACAUAAUAUGCGAUAGCACCAUGGGAUGCAACAUUAAAGCGCAAACAAAUUUCAGUAACGAAUACGUGCAAGCUGUGAAUACGUUAGCUUCGAUUUCGCAAAGGAGAUUUUUUAACGUAUGGAUGGCUUUCGACCCGAUCUUUAAAUUAACAACAUGGGGGAAGCAGCACGACCACGCUCUACGCAUUGCUCACGAAUUCGUUAAUAAAAUAAUCGCAGAAAGGAAAGCAAAAUGGAAUGCCAACAAAAAUGAGAAUUCAAACGAACGACCCGGUAAAUAUCAGGCUUUAUUGGAUCUGCUAUUCGACUUGUCAGAAGGUGGCAAAAUGCUCACCGAUCACGACAUUAGAGACGAGGUGAACACGUUUAUGUUCGCGGGUCACGAUACCACAGCGACCAGCGUCUCAUGGAUUUUGUAUUCUUUGGGCCGAUAUCCUCAGUAUCAGAACAAAAUUCUUGAAGAGUACAAUGAAGUAGCAGGAACAAAGGAAUUGACGUUAGAUAUAUUAAACAAACUAACCUGGCUGGAAGCGUGCAUAAAAGAGUCUUGGAGAUUGUAUCCUGUGGUAUCUCUAAUUGCAAGACAAAUUUAUAAUCCUAUUACAAUAAUGGGACACGAUAUUCCAGUAGGAUCGACGGUCUUCGUCAACGCGUUUCUUCUUCAUCGUGAUCCACGAUACUUUCCAGAUCCAGAGAUCUAUCGACCAGAACGGUUCCUUCCUGACGGGCCAAAGUACCCCUCUUACGCUUUCGUCCCCUUCAGCGCAGGAUCCCGGAAUUGCAUAGGAUGGAAAUACGCUACUAUGAUGGUAAAAGUUCUUGUUCUCAACGCGGUGAAAAAUUUCCACGUGGAAUCGCUGGAUACCGAAGAUCGGCUCCGCUUCAGCAGCGAAUUAGUGCUGGCCAAUGCUAAUGGGCUUCAAUUAAGGAUUACUCCGAGGAUGCAGGAUAUCUGUGGGUAGUUUCUCUGCAAAUGUAUCCAACCGAUUCGAUAGAACAGUCGAAGAUAUAUUUUUUUUAAACGUGAUUAAAAAAUGAUAGGGUUAAUGACACAAUUACCGGCUACGUAAGAAUUUAAUUUAAUAAAUAAAUGUCAUUUCUGUGAGAUCAAUCGAGAGGGGUUGCUGUGAUAUUAUGAACACAGAUGCGUAAUAAAAAGAAACGUUGUUGUAGAAUAAAAUGCGGUGGCAUGUCUUUAUUGGUCGCUCG